UAAUCCAUACUCCCUGUUUCUCCACAAUGAUCGACUUGUGCGUUAUUUCCUGCAGAUCUGCUGUCGUGGGUCGAUACUACGCUGCGUGUUCACAGCCAGAUCCUCCUCCUCCUCUUCUUCUUUCCAUCCCCUCGCCCCGCCUGUAGACUACUCAGUGAAUGAGGAAUUUGUUUUGUUUUUUCUAACCAUUUAUCGCGAAUUAUCCGUCACAUUGGCUGUUUUUUGGUGCAAUGUGAGCUGCAGACAUAAGACUCAAGGCUCGUUUUAACAACACUAUGGGGAUUUAAAAGAGCAGAAAAAAAGGGACUCCAAAGCUAAGCAUCCGUCUCCCUGCAUCUCCUCCGCCGCUGGGAUCAUGAUCCACCUGAAACCAUGGAGAGUCCUGCUUCUUGUAACCGUGCUGUGCCAGCCAGGGAUGUCAGAGAAAUACGGUUGCCUGUUUGAGAGGAAGCUGUGCACGAGGGAUCAGUUCUGCUCAGAUGACGGGCUGUUUGGUCAGUGUCGUAGCUCAAAGCAGGAGCAGAUCCAGUACCAGGUGUCAGUUCCUGUCCUGAAGAGGAUGCAGGAAGUCCUCAAACAGCUCAUGCUCCAAGGUCUUUCCUGGCAAGAUGACAUCACCCAGUAUAUCUUAUCAAAGGAGCUGAGGAGAGUUCCACAUACCACCCAAACCAUUAAGCCAAACCCCUCCUCCUCCUCCUCCUCCUCCUCCUCUCAUCCCUCUCAGUCCAAACAGCAUAUCCCUCAACACCACAGCUCUAAGUCAGGGUCCACAGCUCCUAGUGGCAAUUAUCUUGACUAUAUGAUUGUCGAGCCUCCUCAGGCCCCACUACGCAUGCAGACAGCCUCUAUGGACCCAUACACAUACCACCAGCAUAGAUACCAAGAUGAAGUAGAGAGAUCACUCAUUGGAGCAGGAGGCAGUUAUGCCCGCCCCUCUUCAAGGUCUCAGGCCAAACAGAGAGAGCGAGAACGUGACAGGCAGCUGCUACAGGAAGCCCUGUCGCUCUACAUGGCAUCUCCACAGCCGUCUUAUCGACACAGAGGUGCUGCCUCCAUGGCUCCUGCGGGUCUGCCUUAUUAUGAGGAAUUGAAUCUGGAGAUACCAGUGGACUAUGAGGAAGACUACACCCUGGAGGAGAGACUUGAUACUGCUGGCAGACAACAAGCACUGCAGAAUAAAAAAGCUCCUCAGGACUUCAGUGCUCUGUCUCAAAACAAUGAUGGCCUGCUCCAGAGGAUGUCAGGAGUGUUACAGAGGUAUGGAGUUGACCCCAGAGAGCUCAGCCAAGAGCAGCUCUACAAGCUAGCCCUCAUUCUUCAGCUGCUGCAGGCCCAGGAAAAAACAAAUCCAAUUGAGAAAGACCUCAUCACCCUGAAGGAGAUGCAGAUGUUAAAAACAGACAGCGUCUCCAAUAAGCCAGAGAAGGCUGCCCUUGUCCCUCACCCCCCUGCCGCCCCUCCUGCAGCCCCUCCUGCCCCCUCCUCCCUCUCAGUCCCUGCUACAUCUCCAUCUAAAAGUGCCAGCCUGCCCCCUUCUGCCUCCCAGCCCCCUCAAGCUGCUCCGGUUGAAUCUGGACAGGGCUCGAAGGAGGAGGGGCCGCCACGGGUCGAGGGAACGGGAGGCAAGGAGGAGUAUGGAUACAUUGUCACAAACAGAAGUCCUCUGAGUUUGUAUGAUGGAGUGAAGCUGUUGGAGCUCCUGGCUGAUAAGAUUCACCUGACAACCAGCAGCUUCAUCAACAUCAGUGUGGUGGGUCCUGCCCUGACGUUCCGUAUUCGCCAGAAUGAGCACAACAUGACGGCUGCAGAGGUGGCUGCUAAAGCCGUAUCUGAAAAGAACUUUCUGGAGUCUGAGACAGGCCUGAAGAUUGUACAGACGGGUGUGGGAGAGAGGACGGAUGCACGGGGUCUCCCUCAGGUAACCAGGGUUUCCCAGGGCUCGAGUGGGACAGUCAUCACCCUUGUUUCCAUGGCAGUCGUAGGAGGUGUGCUGGUAUUGGCCAUGGCGGUGGCUUGUUUCAAGCACUACACGCAGCAAGUAGCCAAUGGCAAGCUGGGUCUGGGGCCAGAGGGAGGAGCGGAGACACACUUUGACUAUCAGGAGCUAUGUCGGCAGCACAUGGCAUCCAAAUCCUCACUCUGCCGUCAGGACUGUGUAGGCGUAGCAGGGUCCGCCAUACCCGCGGGUGCCGGUGGUCGAAGGGGUACUGACACGUCUCGCGUCAGCAGCGUCUCCUCCCAGUUCAGUGAUGGUCCCCAGCACAGUCCGUCCUCCACCCACAGCUCCACCCCGUCCUGGAGCGAAGAGCCCGCUCAGUCUAACAUGGACAUCUCUACGGGUCACAUGAUACUGGCUUAUAUGGAGGAUCACCUGCGUAAUAAGGACCGCCUGCAGAAGGAGUGGGAGGCUUUGUGCUCCUAUCAGGCUGACCCCUGCUCAGUGGCUGCUGCUCAAAGCCCCACUAACAUGGACAAAAACAGACACCCUGAAUCCAUCCCCUAUGAUCACACUCGUGUGAAGAUGAAGUCUGAAUUAAACCCAAAUAAACAAGACUACAUCAACGCCAGUAUCAUUGUCGAUCACGACCCUCGCCAGCCGGCUUAUAUUGCCACACAGGGACCGUUGGCUCACACUGUGGCUGAUUUCUGGCAGAUGGUGUGGGAGAACGGCUGCACAGUGAUAGUGAUGAUGUCAGCUCUGGUUGAAGACGGAGAGAAACAGUGCGAGCGAUACUGGCCUGACGAGGGCUCCUCACUCUACCACAUCUAUGAGGUGAACCUGGUGUCAGAGCACAUCUGGUGUAAGGACUUCCUGGUGCGUAGCUUCUACCUGAAGAACAUCCAGACGCAGGAGACCAGAACUCUGACGCAGUUUCACCUGCUGAGCUGGCCGGCUGACGGUAUCCCCACCUCCACACGACCGCUGCUCGACUUCCGCAGGAAGGUGAAUAAAUGCUACAGAGGUCGCUCCUGUCCGAUUAUCGUUCACUGCAGUGAUGGCACUAGCAGGACUGGCACGUACAUCCUUAUAGACAUGGUGCUGAACCGCAUGGCCAAGGGAGUGAAGGAGAUUGACAUCGCAGCCUCUCUGGAGCACAUCAGAGACCAGAGACCUGGCUUGGUCCGCACCAAGGACCAGUUUGAGUUUGCGCUGACAGCAGUAGCAGAGGAGGUGAACGCCAUCUUGAAAGCCCUUCCACAGUGAGGACACGCACAGAGACAAACACUCCGGAGGUCACACACUGUACCAUACAGCCAUGUACGUCUGGCCAUCACUGUAAAUAAGAAAUUUGCUCUAUCACACCUGGAGCAGUUACUGCCCUUGUUAUCAGCAUGCAGUAUUGUACCAGCUUCUCAUUCUCUGGGGGUUUGAUAAACCUUUAUGGAUCUUUAUAUUAACACAAAAGCCACAUUUCAUUUUUCGGCCAUUGUUGUAAAAAUUUGAUCCACGUCCUAUUUCGCAACAAUGAUGCGGUCACACUUGAACGACGAAGAGUUAACAUUUGAAUUUACUGUGCCUAAGUGAAUACAGAUAACAUUUCCACAUUUAUUUCCACCCGAUUCUGACAGGAUGAAAUUCACUUCAGUCUUUGUCUUCUUACAUCAACCCUCGUUACUGGACAUGACUACCUUAAAUGACCAAUCAGCAUACAAGAUCAUUUUACCCCAACUCCAAAAGUGUGUUGGCUAUUUUCUUCUGUUUGUGCUGUUUUCUUGGACUGAUGUUUAAAUAAUUCUAAAUCCCUUCGAAUACGGUUCAAAUCAACUCUCGUGUGAUGUUUCAUGUCUACCAGAGUUCUGUACGCUGCCGUAUGAUGUUUGUUGAUUUUCUGGAGACUUUUUAAUCGUCCAUGCCUCGACAACAUGAUUGUUUGCUCCAAGCACUGGUUCUUAAGGAUGCUUUACAUCGACCACACACCUCUCUCUCUCUCUCUCUCUCUCUCUCUCCGUCUCUGCACAAAGGGUGAUUAUGUUCUGGUUCCUUUAUUGUCUUACUCAGUGUACGACCUUGUGAUUUAUGUAAAUAAAUGAUUAUUUCAUGUAGCAGACAGAAAGAAAAUAUCUAUAAAAAUGUAUUUUUGACUUGACCAGAAUAAAUUUGUGAUGUGAUGCAGCAAAGAAAAAGAAAA